GUUGGUGGUGUUUUAAAGAUUUCGUUGGAUCAAUAUUUCAAUAGUUAAAAUGAUGAAAUGGAUGAUACUGACUUUAGUCGUUUUUAUUGUAAACGCAAAGUGUGAUCAUUCCGAGGUAGUUUCAGGAAAUCCACUUAUCCAUGUUCAUCCUUGUAUUGGAUCAGAUCAUAUCGUAGUGUCAUAUGAACCAGGUCUGGCACCAGAAGACGAGAACCAAUAUGGAGUUUACAUUACUCAUAAUUUUAGAACUCAAUCGAGGAUUGAAAUAACACUUGACGCAUAUGCAAAUGUUACUCUGAAUGACAAGGAUUAUGCAAGAGUUUUCAGGAAUGACGAAAACUACCAAAUUCGUUUUUUCAAAGAUCACGAUGAUAUCGGUUUUAGGAUUGUAGGAAUACCAUUUUCCAAAGUACCUUACAUUACGAGCAUGAAUAUAAACGAUCACGAAUUCUGCAGUCAACCAUUACAUGGUUACCUGGACGAGUACAUAUUAGGUUACAAGGAUCAUGCAUAGUCUAAUUAAUUAUUCAAUGACAACUUCUGGAAUCUGCCAACUAAGAGACAUUGCACCAAUCACUGAUGAAGCUUAUGUGGAAGUGUCCUUCAUUAUUCUGACAUGUUGUCUUCAUUAUUUGGUUGAAAUAUAAAUUAAAAAAAUAUA